GGGCCCCGGGGGCCCAACACCUGGCCUGAGUCCUCACCUUGCGUCCAUCCCCACUGCAUUUCGGGUUCCUUCCCCGCGUUCGAAGGACCCCGGGGAGUGCAGGGAGCACAGGCCACUCUUCAUUCGCAGGGCCAUUCUUUGCCGGCCUCCUCCUCCCUUCCGUUUCCGUGGCUGAGCUGUCGCUGUAGGCUGUGGCCCAGGGCACGCAGAGUGGGGAGCAGGAUGGGGGGUGGGCUGUGCUCUCUCUUCCCUAUAGUAGACCCGCCCCGCGGCCUAGGGCAACUGAAACCACGGAGGAGGAAGCAGGAAUCAGGAACUGGCCGGGUAGAUUCUGGGCCUUAGUCGGUCUUCUGCCACCUGCCCCAGGAGCAGCUGCCCAAGAAAGGAUUUUUUUCUGUGGCUCCCGAGGCCGCAGUCCAGCACUGUUAAAGGCCCCGAGCAGGGCAGGAUUCGGUGACAUCCAGGACUGGCGUGGGUGAAGGAUCCUAAUAGGGAUCUGCAGUCUGGUUCCUGGAAACAGGAUUACUGGCUCUGAGACCUAGUCUGGCACAUCGGAAGCAGAAGGACCGGCCCCAGUCCAGGCUGCUGUCUGUACCUCUUGGACACCAUUAUGGGCUUCUCUUCAGAGCUGUGCGGCCCCCAGGGCCACGGGGCACUGCAGCAGCUGCAGGAAGCAGAGCUUCGCUUGUUGGAGGGCAUGAAGAAGUGGAUGGCCCAGAGGGUUAAGAGCGACCGCGAGUAUGCAGGCUUGCUUCACCACAUGUCCUUGCAGGACAGCGGAGGCCAGAGCUGGAGCAGUGGCCUCGACAGCCCUGUCAGCCAGUCCUGGGCAGAGAUAACAAGCCAGACGGAGAAUUUGAGCCGGGUGCUGCGGCAGCAUGCGGAAGAUCUGAACUCGGGGCCCUUGAGCAAGCUGAGCGUGCUGAUCCGGGAGCGGCAGCACCUGAGGAAGACUUACAACGAGCAGUGGCAGCAGCUUCAGCAGGACCUCACCAAGACCCACAACCAGGACAUUGAGAAGCUAAAGAGCCAGUACCGGACCCUGACACGAGAUAGCGCCCAGGCCAGGCGCAAGUACCAGGAAGCCAGCAAAGACAAGGACCGAGACAAGGCCAAAGACAAGUAUGUUCGGAGCCUGUGGAAGCUCUUUGCCCACCACAACCGCUACGUCCUGGGUGUGAGGGCCGCGCAGCUGCACCACCAACACUACCACCAAUUCAUGCUGCCUGGCCUGCUGCAGUCCCUGCAGGAUUUGCACGAGGAGAUGGCAGGCAUCCUGAAGGACAUCCUGCAGGAGUACCUGGAGAUUAGCAGCCUGGUGCAGGACGACGUGGCAUCCAUUCACCGAGAGUUGGCUGCAGCCGCCGCUCGGAUCCAGCCCGAGUUUGAGUACCAAGGCUUCCUGCGACAGUAUGGAUCCGCCCCUGAUGUCCCACCUUGUGUCACUUUUGAUGAAUCACUUCUGGAAGAGGGCGAGCAGCUGGAGCCUGGGGCGCUGCAGCUGAACGAGCUGACCCUGGAGAGCGUGCAGCACACGCUGACCUCCGUGACUGAUGAACUGGCCGUGGCCACCAAAGAGGUGCUGAGCCGGCAGGAGAUGGUCAGUCAGCUGCAGCGUGAGCUCCAGACUGAGGAACAGAACACGCACCCCCGGGAACGGGUGCAGCUUCUAGGCAAGAGGCAGGUGCUGCAAGAGGCAAUACAAGGGCUGCAGGUAGCACUGUGCAGCCAGGACAAGCUUCAGGCCCAGCAGGAACUUCUGCAGAGCAAGAUGGAGCAGCUUGGCACAGGCGAGCCCCCAGCCGUGCCGCUCCUUCAGGAUGACCGGCACUCCACCUCCUCCACGGAGCAGGAGCGAGAGGGGGGAAGGACACCCACACUGGAGAUCCUUAAGAGCCACUUCUCAGGAAUCUUCCGCCCCAAGUUCUCUAUCCCUCCACCGCUGCAGCUCGUCCCCGAGGUGCAGAAGCCCCUCCACGAGCAGCUGUGGUACCACGGGGCCAUCCCUCGGGCAGAGGUAGCGGAGCUGCUAACACACUCCGGGGACUUCUUGGUGCGGGAGAGCCAGGGCAAACAGGAGUAUGUGCUGUCUGUGCUGUGGGACGGCCAGCCCCGACACUUCAUCAUCCAGUCCUCAGAUAACCUGUACCGGCUGGAGGGAGACGGCUUUCCCAGCAUCCCUUUGCUCAUCACUCACCUGCUGUCGUCCCAGCAGCCCCUUACAAAGAAGAGUGGCGUCGUCCUGUUCAGGGCGGUGCCCAAGGACAAGUGGGUGCUGCAGCAUGAGGACCUUGUGCUGGGAGAGCAGAUCGGGAGGGGGAACUUCGGAGAGGUGUUUAGCGGCCGCCUUCGUGCAGACAACACCCCAGUGGCUGUGAAAUCUUGCCGAGAGACACUCCCGCCUGACCUCAAGGCCAAGUUUCUGCAAGAAGCGAGGAUCCUGAAACAGUACAACCACCCCAACAUCGUACGUCUCAUCGGGGUCUGCACACAGAAACAGCCCAUCUACAUCGUCAUGGAGCUGGUCCAGGGGGGCGACUUUCUCACCUUCCUGCGGACAGAGGGAGCCCGCCUGCGGGUGAAGACUCUGCUGCAGAUGGUAGGGGACGCAGCUGCGGGCAUGGAGUACCUGGAAAGCAAGUGCUGUAUUCACCGGGAUCUGGCUGCUCGGAACUGCCUGGUGACAGAGAAGAAUGUCCUGAAGAUCAGUGACUUUGGGAUGUCCCGAGAAGAAGCUGAUGGGAUCUAUGCAGCCUCAGCGGGUCUCAGACAAGUCCCUGUUAAGUGGACCGCGCCUGAGGCCCUUAACUACGGACGCUACUCCUCAGAGAGUGACGUGUGGAGCUUCGGUAUUUUGCUGUGGGAGACCUUCAGCCUGGGGGCCUCACCCUAUCCCAACCUCACCAAUCAGCAGACACGGGAGUUCGUAGAAAAGGGGCAUCGGCUGCCUUGCCCGGAGCUCUGCCCCGAUGCAGUCUUCAGGCUCAUGGAGCAGUGCUGGGCCUAUGAGCCCGGGCGGAGGCCUAACUUCAGUACCAUCUGCCAGGAGCUGCACAGUAUCCGCAAGCGGCAUCGGUGAGACCCAGAGAGCCCCUUGCUAACGCCAGUGGCCUGUCCGGGCGAGACUGCACCUCCUCAGCAGGUCUCUCUCACUGUUGGACAGCUCCAAGACCUGGGUUCCAACCACCAGCAACAGGGCUUCUAGGGAGCAGGGUGCGGCUCCAGGGCUCCAUCCUUCUUCCUGCCCGAAUUCCUCUCUUAGGCAGAAAAAUAAAACAAGUUGUGUUCAUCAGGUAA